CAGCAGCAGCAACAACAGCAACAACAACAACAGCAGCAACAACAACAACAACUUGCUUUACUUCACAAUUCAGGAACAGGAGCACAAGCCGGACAAGAGUUAAACAAUGCCAGUGAACAACUACAGAUGCAACAAAAAUUAUUAAUGCAUCAGUCUCUAUUAAAAGCUCAAAGUGAUGCUGCUGCCGUUGCGGCUGCUGCUGCUUCAAUAAGUGAAAAAUCUGCAAAUCCAUCAAAUAAUAACAACGCUGGUGGUGUUACUAACAAUGCUGCAGCUGCUGCUGCUCAGCUUUUACAUGGUGGAAUUGUUGGCUUUCAAAAUCAACUUCAAAUGAAUCAAUUGGCAGCACUUAUGGCCAAUCAGCAGAACCAACAAAAUGCGAAACUUGCAAGUCUUUCUAAUACGGGAGUUGAUUCAUCAACUGAUUUGAUCCAACAACUUCGUUCUUCUUCUCAACAAAAUACAACACAGCAACAAACACAAUUAACAGCAAUGCAACAAUUAUUGUUACAACAACAGCAGCAGCAACAAUUAUCUGCUGUAAUUGCUGCCCAGCAACAGCAGCAACAACAAGAACAGCAACAAACUGAUAAUGGUUCUGCUGGGCAUCAGAGACAAACACCUUUGAAUGAUAUUGUUCGCACUUACUUUUUAAACAGCAGUAAUGGAAACAACAAUGGGAGUAAUACAAAUAAUGGAAAUUCCGUUAAUCGUACUCCAAAUUCCACACCUAGUAACCAUUCAAAUACUCAAGGAAAUGGACAUGGAGGAAGCUCAAAAAAUGGCACUCCAUGCCCAGUAAAUGGUCGGAAUAGUGUAAAUGGGUCACAACAACAGACAACUUUAUCUGGAAAUAAUUCUGUUUCGCCUAAAACUGGAUCUGCCAGUGUGCCUACUGAUCCAGCACCGAGAAAACAGUCUUCAAUGAUUCUUUCUAAUCCUCUUAAUGCUGAGUUGGGAGAACUUAAAGUGCGUGGUCUUAAUGCCCUCCGCAGUCAAGAAGCAAUGAGUGAUAGUCUUCAAAAACGUUUAGUUGAAAUGGCAGCAACUUUAAAUUCUAAUCUUGUUGCUCCAAUGGUAUCAAGUGGAGGAGGAGGAGGAAACGGCAAUGGGGGAAAUGGAGGAAAUAUAAUUUCAACAGGAGGAGGUGCUUGUAAUGGAAACAAUAUACCUCCAGCUAUUUUACUUCAGCAACAACAACAAAUUUACCAACAUCAACAUCAAUUGUUACAACAACAAUUACUUCAACAACAAAUACUAGCACAGCAGAACCAACAGAACGGGCCAAUCUCUAGUCAGAACCAACAAACUUCCUUGGCAAAUAAUUUUUCGGUAAUUUAA